GCCCCGCUGUCGAGUUGAAAACGUACAGCUGCACCAUUGACAAGCAUGCGAGCAAACACUUUUCUCUCACCUCUCCGGUCGACUGUCCUUACCGUCCAGUAGUCAUCACUGUCGGAGUCGCCUCUGUUAAACUAUUGAAUCUCAGAGCGACUGACAUCUUGUAGUAAUGGCAUCGGCGGCACUCGUCCCGGGACCGUGCGCUGUCUUCAUCAGCUGCUCGAGCUACAAGCCAGAGCAUCUCAUCCGUGAGGUGAUCGGUGAUGACGUGCUGCCGGAGCCGGAGAUGUGGGCCGACACGAUCCAGGCAUACCCGUGGCACAUCAACACCAAGUACUACAGCGCUGAUGUGCACCUGUGCACACUGCCGACGCAGACACUCGGCUGCCGCGAGUUCACUGACGCCGUACAGGCCGUAGUCAUCCACUUUGACAGCAAGAGUGAGGAGAGCCUCAGCGCGGUGCGCUGCUGGCUCACGUUCGUCGCCCACUGGCAGCCUGACGUGCGACUGCUUGUCUGUGAGACGCUCGCCGAGAACUCGGGUGCAGUGAUCUCACGAGAGAAGCUGCGUAGCUACUGCCUCAAGGUGGCGUUUGAGCUCGUCGAGCGGUAUGGCGAGCCGUCGAGUGGCGACGAAGCCGACGACUCGGAUGAGGGCUUCGAGGAGGUGGAGCUGGGUGGUAUGCGGCGCGUCGUGCAGGCACUGCAUGCGCACCUAUGGCCCAACCUAGAACUGAAGGAUGCGUCGACGCAGAACUCACUAGGCGUGCUCGCGUCGCAACUGCAAGACCAUGCUGCGGGGCGGGUCUCGGAUGCUGGCGCCGCCACGGGACGAUUUGCGAGGGCAGAUGUUGCCAGUCACAUCGAGGGUGCUUGUGAACACACAGAGGGCGCUUGUGGAUCGGUGGAGGGUGACAAGGACAAGAAGGACACAGAGAACAUGAAGAAGCAGACAACAGGCAAAGUGACAGCAACUGGCGAUGGAGUGAUGGACCGAGAGUUGUUGACUGCACUUGGUAAUGAAGACCCUGGAGGUGAGAGCUUUGAGCAACUUUUCGAAAGAAUGCGUAUAAUGAAAGAACAUGCAGCUACUUUGCCACAUGACCAGAGAAAAGUAUUUGCAGAACAAGUAGCUAUACAAUUUUGGAGGGCAAUAGGAGGUGCAGAAGAUGAAAUUGAUCAGUUGGAUAUUGAAGAUGAAUAGGUGUGAAUUAUUUCUGCACCUUCAUGGGAAAAGAUUAAAUUUCCUUGAUGUUCUUUACACUAUUUAAAGAAUAACACUACUCCGUCAUUCAGCAUUAUUCUCAGUGACAUUUUAGUUUUUUAUAUGUAUUACAUUGUAAUUGUUAUGGUAAAAUAUUAUUAAGAAAUAAAUUCAAAUUUAUAGGUGACUGUUGCUUGUGAUAGAUAGCAUCAUAGCACCAUAGCAUAGCAGCAGCAGCAAUAUCUUCAGGUUUAUGCAGGCAUUCGCCGAAACGUUAGUCUAAAGGUACUGUAAAGUCACAUAUUUUCGUGGGUUCCAAUUUUCAUGGUUUCAAUAAAAAAUAUAUGUUCGUGGGUUCUUAAAUUUGUGGAUCAAGCCUUCCAAUAAAUUUUUUUUUUCAAAAACAACAAUGCCAACAAACAAAUUACUAACCUGAACUCGCACCUACUUGCCGUUUCUGGCGCAUGCACAGACUCCACAGUGUUGUGUAAACAUGGAUGCCUAACUAACCCGGGCCCUAGCUGAGCACAUUACUCCUAUAUAAACAUUGCUUUGGAUGGUUGGAGUGUCAGCAAUUUUAUCACUACUUUGUGUUACUUGUCACUGCCGCCUAAACCCGAUGUCCCCCUCCUCCCGGCCGGGCCUGAUUGUUUACAGAAAUACCGGCGCCUUUGAAAGUUGGCAGACGUCGGUUUGCGGGCCUCCACUCCGGAACCGGCAAUUGACAUAUGUACAUAAUAUUUCGUUGGGUACAUAAAUUUGUGGAUUGAUGGACCCACGAAAUCCACGAAAAUUAGAACCCCAUGAAAAAAAAGGAUUUUACAGUAAGAUAAGUGAGAUGUGAAAAGGCAAACAAAAGCAUCAAUGUAACCACCAGAGGCAGCACAAGCAAUGAUGCUAGCCACUAAUAGCUACACUCCACGCAGUGUGAUGAUUUGCCGUUAUCACUGCCAUGAUAUGCUGUUAUCACGUUGAUAAUGGAAAAUCAUCACACUGCGUGGAGUGUACUAAUAGCAACAUCAGGAGUGAAUAAUAAUAGAUCUAUUAUUAUUCACUAAUCAUAUUAUGACUAUGUAGAUCCUGAGUAGUAUAGACACUAUAGACACUAUAGACACUACAGACACUACAGUGUCUAUAUUAUGACACUCCUGGCAAUAUCACUUCUAUAUCUAUGUGAAAUCAAUAUUAACAUCAGUAAUGUAAUAUUCUUUAGGUGCGGAUCAACGCAGUAUAAUAAACGUAACACUGG